AUGGUAUUCCUUUUUCCAAAAUCUACCAAAGAAGUUUUAAAGACUUUUAAGUUGCAAGGAGAGAAACUAAAGUUGGCCACAGAUCAACCAGAACACUUUCGUACCGUUGUUUGGUCUCAAAAUGGAAUAAUGAAAGAAGCACAGUACAAACCUCUAAUUUAUCAUCCAACUACUGUAGGCAGGGAAAAUGAAAACAUUCUUGUUUUUUACUCAGCUCCAGCUAGUAAUCCAACCCAGGAACCACCAGUACACAUCAACAUUGAUGGAAAGAAUGUUAACCUCUUUUGUGGACUUAUUAGUGCUGAUGUUGCUACUACCAAAAUUGCUCAUGCACUUAGCACACAACCACUUGAUCAAAACACAUACCAAACCAUGCCUUUCUUUGUUCAUCAUGAUUCUGAAAGAAAACCAUACCAACAUCGAUUCAUUGAAUCUGUUCAAACAAAAUUUCUUUUUUCAACAUUGAAAUUUGGUUUGUUUGGUGUUUCUCUUUUCAAUUUACCAUCUGAUACGUAUAUUCUUCUUGCUGGAGGUUUUGGUUAUUUUGGAAGUGGAACUCCAGGUAUUGGUGAAAUAGUCCAUGAAGUCAGCAAAAAGCUUAUUGGUCAUGAAUUAAAAUCUAUUCAACCGGCUGAUGUUGCGCCGUAA